AUGAAAUCAAAGCAUGACAAACGUCAGAAAAUCGCAAACAUUAAAUAUCAGCUCCUGAAAAAUAAACAAAAGGCAUUUCCAAAUGAUAAUAUCUAUCAAAAGAUCGAUAAAGUAUUAAGUAAGAGGUUAAAUGAAAAGAAAUCAAAAAAUUCUUACAUACAAACUAACAUAACAUUUCUCAAUCCAUUUUUUGUAAGUUGGGAUACAUAUUUUGAAAAUUGUGAUGCUAAUAAAUUUUCAAGUGAUGGGGAAAUUGAUGCUUUGAAAAAAAAACGCAUUAAGGAAAAUAUAAGAGAACCUAAUAUAAAAAAGAGCAUAAGUGUCAACCCAUUCAAAGUACCAAUACACACUAUCGAUAAAAAUAAUGUUAUAUAUAAUUUAUACACUGAUGAUAAUAUUAUAUUUAUAAAAGAAACUACAGAAUAUUUCGAUAAAAAAGAAAAACAUAAUAAUAAAAGUGUUCAUAAAACUCCUCAUAAAAAUGAAAACAAUAUAGAGAAACCAAAAGAAAUAAAAAUACAAAAAAAUUUUAAAUCACAAUUUAGUCCCACUUCAAGUAUUAGUCCUUAUGGUAGUAAAAAGGAAGAGACCUCCAUAAAUAGCAACAGCAGUGAAGAUAUAUGGUUUGAAUGUAAAACUCCACCAUUAUCCGAAUUUAUAUGGCUAGAUAAUAAUUUUAUUUACCUACCCCCACCAAAUAAUUUUCAAAAAAACGUGAUAAUAAUACAAGAGAAUAAUUAUAUCGAGCAAGACAAGUGCACUUUUUGCAACAAAAAAAAUAAUUUAAAUAACAGUUGCAAUGGUAGUAGUACCUACUUGUUGUCUAAAAAUGAAAAUGAAUUUAUUGCAAAACCGAAUAAUGACUAUUCCGUACAUUUAUGUUCUAACAAAAAUGUAGAGAAAAAUAAAAAAUGUUUGUCCCCCAAUUUUAAGGAUAUAUAUAUUGCUUUAAAUGAUAAUAAUUGGAAAAAAUAUGAACAAGAUAGACAUUUUAAUAUUCAAAACUAUUCUAAUAUGUUUAAUAAUAAUUAUGUAUAUGAACGAAAAAAUAAAAUUAAAAAUAUACAUUAUCAAAUGAUAACAGAUAAUUUUCAUUAUUUAGAAAAUAAUUUUUUUAAUGUCAUAAAUAAAAUUUUUGUUAAGGAUCAAUUUUUUCAAGAAUUGAAAAUUGAGCAUUAUGAUAAAAAAUAUUAUAGAGAACAAAUUGAUGAUAUUGAAAAGCUAAAUAAAAAUAAGAGAAAAAUGGAUAAAAAUCAAAAUUUUAAAGACAAUAAAUUGAGAACAGAUAUAAACCUGACUAAUACAGGCAAAAAUUCAUAUAUGAUUGAUACUGAUAUAUUAAAUAAGGAUCAAAUAAAUAAUAAGGAAAAUUUUGACAUAACCAAUACCCCCACAACGCCGAAAAUAGAAAAUGAUAUAAACAUAAACUCAUAUAGGACAAUUUAUAAAAAAAAAAAAAAAAAAAAAUUAAUAUUCAAAAAGGUCAACCAUAAACCAUCGAAAUGCUAA